AUGACACGCGCUGCGGCAAUUUGCGUCGCGCACGGCGGAGGUCCCAUGCCUGUUCUUGGAGACCCUGGUCACGCUUCCAUCACCGCAUCACUCCAAAAGCGCGUGCCCAAGAUUCUGAAGCUCAACACACCAGACGCACCCAGAGCUAUCGUGGUUGUGACAGCACAUUGGUCAGAGGGUGCACCGACCAUCUCAUCAGGGGAUCACCAUGACCUGUACUAUGAUUACGGCGGUUUUCCGCGGGAGGCAUACUCACUCAAAUAUCCCGCUCCUGGAUCGCCAAGUAUCGCAAAUGAGUUGAAGCAGGCUCUCGAGAAAGAGGGUCUCUCACCGGUAAUGAACUCACGUCGUGGUUGGGAUCAUGGCGUCUUCAUUCCACUCCUCCUCAUUCACCCAGCCGCCGACAUUCCAGUCAUUCAGCUUUCAGUACUGGCCUCUGAGGACCCCGAGGAGCACUUCCGCAUGGGUCGGGCCCUCUCAGCUCUGCGCGACACCAACGUCGCCGUCGUCGGGUCGGGUUUUGCUUCGCUUCACAACAUGGGGAAGUUGCGGUCACUCAUGAUGGGAGACCCGUCAACGGCAAAGAGGAUCGGGACGCAGGUCAACGAGUGGAACAAGGAGUUGACGGGCGCCGCACUCCUAGAAAAGCGGGAAGACCGGAUCAAGGCGCUGUCCAACUGGCGAAAAUUCUCUCACAGUUACGAAAUGCACCCUCGUUAUGGCGCGGAGCACUUCAUGCCUCUACUGGUAUGCGCGGGUGCUGCUGACGACGAGGUUGGCCGGGAGUACAAUGACGACUUCCUUGGGGCGGAUAUCAAGACAUACUAUUGGGGAGAUGUACGUGUCUGA